AUGGCUCCUGCCUCUCCAGCAAAACAAGGAAACGAUUCCCAGUGGCCCCCACGAUCUCCGCAUGAAGCCUUGCUUAGUACGCCGCGGGGACGAGAGCGAUACCGACAAAUGAUGACUUCGCCCACGUCUUCGCCGUCAAAAAGAGGUCGCAACCUACCGUCAAUGAACCUCAUGGCCGAGAUUGAAAACGACGAAGAUGACGAAGACGAGGAAACGCUGCAGCUGAAGCUCCAAGAGAUCCAGGCACGGCUCAAGUUGAAGAAGUUACAGAGCGCCAAGUCAAAAAAGACGGACGACAAUGUUGAGAACUUGCAUGCGACGACAUCGGAGCUUGCGAUAUCAUCGCAACCACCAAGUCGUUCAAGGCGCGCAACAACCCCCACGAGGGCAGAGUUACCCACCCAGGAAAAUAACAUUCAGGUUCCUGCAUCACCAGUCAGGAGGAUCCAAGAGCCCCAAGUCCCGAUCUCACCUAGUAGGGUGUUGCUGGGCAUCGAUAAAGGACUCAAGGCCCGGGAUAUUUCCUUGAAGCGUGCGCCCAGUUACAGAGACUCGCAAACCACGGCUGAUAUCGGUCAUUCGGGUUAUCUGCGAAGGUCAAGAACUACGGGAAGCGCCAACUCCUCUUUCGAGAGCAGGCCUCUGAGCUUCAACGAACGAUUGGCAUCUGCAAGGAAAGACGAUGAAGCCAGAGCUCAACGACAGAAAGAGAUCCAAAAGUUGAGAUCAAAUGCCUUUGGAAUCAGCCAGGAUGAGAUGGAGCAAUACAAGAAAAAAGCUAUCGAAAUCCCAGAUGAACCAAUCAAAACCCCAUCCUUUUCAAGGGAUGAGAUCAUGGGCAAUGCCAAACCAGCGGAAAGGCAACGAAGCUAUACUGUUCCCAACAUUCAAUCGCCCAGUAUAAAUAGCCCAGCCACCGCGUCCAUGGCACUGACGAGAAGGAAUAAGACACCCCCUGGCGAAGUAUCCGACGAACAAGCAGCCGGCAUCGAGCCAUACUCGACUUUCCACCUGUCCAAGCGAAUCCUGCCGCACAGUGUCCUUGCUCGACAUGUUUCCGGGAAAAAGGUUCACAUGAUCAAGGAUCUGCUCAGAGUUGUCAAAGCACCAGAUUUCGCCCUACCGGAUAUUGAGCAGGAUAUUGUGGUAUUUGGUAUUCUAGCAAAGAAAUCUGAACCUCGCGCCCACAAGCCGACACAGAAGAAUGGGAAGACAGAGGAUCGGGGGAAAUAUAUGGUAAUGACCCUGGUCGAUUUAGAAUGGGAAUUGGACCUGUUUCUGUUUAACUCUGGCUUCACAAGAUACUGGAAACUCACCGAGGGGACUGUCAUCGGCAUUCUCAACCCCACAAUCAUGCCACCACCACCUGGAAGACACGAUACUGGCAAAUUUAGCCUGGUCAUCAACUCAGAUGAUGACUCCAUUGUCGAAAUCGGAACAGCUCGCGAUUUGGGAGGUUGCCAAUCGGUCAAGAAGGACGGAGACCGUUGUGGCACCUGGAUCAACAAGAAGCGAACCCACUACUGUGAAUUUCAUUCCAAUGAAGCCAUUCGCAAACAGCGCUCUACAAGACUAGAAGUCAACGGAAGCAGUUUUGGCGCCAGAAAGAAUAGUUCUAGAGAAGUUUAUCACUUUGGCGCUCAGAAGAAAGAAGAACCCAAGAAGUACGACUGGGAAACGAAAACGCAUUGGUUUGCCUCGCGUACAAUGAGCGCGGGAGACCUAAUCGAUGGCAAGGAUCGAACUCCGCAUGACCGAAAAGAGAAGGCAGAGUACCUGAAAAGAAACAUGGAGGCGAAGGAAAGAGAACGUGAGAUGAUGAAGACGCUUGGCCAGGUUGGCAAUGCUGCUGGAAGAGAAUAUAUGCGGCAUGGUGGUACGCGAACUUCUAACAUGCCUGUUUCGGGCUCAUCUAUACAAUCGUCAUCAAGCUCGGCGAACAUCGCGGAUGAGGUUUUCAGGCCAGACGCAAGGUCGCUCGGACUGCUAGGAAAAUCUGCUAUCCAUCUCAGCCCCGUCAAACGAAAACGCCCUGACAGCUCUUCAGCUGGAUCACAAGCCGGCUCGGCUACAACCAAUGGGCCGUCGGCUUUUGGUUGGGGAAGUAGUUUGAAAGACAAGCUUUCGAAAAUGAAGGAUGGAGAGAAGCUACGCAAAGACGGACAGCCGCCAGUGCGGAAGAAGACUCGCUUCGUUACAGAUAAGGGCAUUCGAGAAGCUGGGAGAGAAAGUCUCGGCAGCGAACUGUUGAAUCGGCAGGUCAUGCUUGACGAUGACGACGACCUGGUUAUUGUAUAA